UCUAUUUACAGGAGUAUAAUGCCUGCAACCUUCGAUGGUCAGAUUACUAUUGAGAAGACACCCAGUUAUUUCGUGACAAAAGAAGUUCCGCGUCGAAUAUUUAAUAUGUCCAAGGAUAUCAAAUUAAUCGUUGUCAUUCGUGACCCCGUCACACGUGCGAUCUCGGACUACACGCAGACAGUUAGCAAACGGUUGCAGACGAAAACAUUCGAACAGAUGGCAUUCAUGAAUAACACGCGUAUUGUCGACACGUCAUGGGGUGCUAUCAAGAUUGGUGUGUACGCAAAACACACCGCCCAGUGGUUACAAUAUUUCAAUUUAUCUCAGAUACAUUUCGUUCACGGUGAACGGCUCAUAUCAGAUCCUGCCGGAGAAAUGGCAAAGCUUCAAGACUUUCUGGGUCUUGAACGAAUUAUUAAUGAAAAACAUUUCUAUUUUAAUGAAACCAAAGGAUUUCCUUGUCUCAAAAAGCAUGGUGGAAGUGGCCACCCACAUUGUUUGGGUAAGACAAAGGGUAGAACACAUCCAAAUAUAUCAGAACAAGUUUUGCAACGAUUGCGAGAUUUCUAUAGACCGUUUAAUACGAAAUUCUUUCAACUAAUCCGUAAAGAUUUUCAUUGGCCCUAAUUAUUUGGUUUAUGCUGUAACGUAUAAACAGCCGGAAAGGCAAAUAUAAGCAAGGUUUAUUAUAAAUAUAUAUAUAUAUAUAUAUUAUAUAUAGGCGACGAUUAUCUGCCAUUCAUAUAUCCAGUAUUCAGUUCCCUCUUUCACUCCACGUCUCUCUCUCCGCGCUCGCACGCACACACACGCACGUACAUGCACACGCACACGCACACACAUACACAUCAACACAUACACCACAUCACACACGUACACACGCAUAUGUAGACACACACAUUUAUUAUUAGUUUUUUUUCAGUCAGCGUGAUCGUUCAUUUUGUUGCUGUUUCGUCCACAGCUAGUCAGAGUGAGUUGACCUUUGAAGAAAUAUAUCCCAGCUUUGAACAAAUCCCUUUAUUUCCAACACUGCAGUAUAUGCCAUAUCUAUCUUAUUAUUUUUUUGUUUUUGAAAAAAAUAAAAGAUAGUAAGGUGUGACAUAAACGAGAUUUUUGCUUCUAUGAGAUUUAGUCUUAAGAUAGCAAUUCCUACACCCCCCACACACAGACAAACACACGCACGCAUACACUUACACACAUACAAUCUCAAAUACUCAAUCACAAUCUCAUCGCUUUUACUAAAUUACACACACACGCAUAUAUAUAUAUAUAUAUAUUAUAUAUAU